AUGGAGAGACACCGCCUGACUCACACCAAACCUCAUCUCUGCUCCGAAUGCGGGAAACGCUUCUCUGUCCUUCGAGGGUUGCACGGACAUUUAAGACGUCACACCGGGGAAAAGCUGUACAAAUGCUCCGAGUGUGGGACGGAGUUCGCACACAAGUCGACCUAUGACAGACACAUGCGUCGACACAGCCUGAACAUCCCAUACACCCACACGUGUACUCUGUGUGAGAACAAGUUCAGUGGGCUCUCGGCGCUGCAGAGGCACAGGUGCAGCGCCUUAAAGAAAACCUUUAUCUGCUCGCUCUGUCCAGAGACGUUUCAGUGCAGGCAGAGUUUGGCAGAUCAUGAGAAUCUACACUCAGGGAGCAGAGAUUUUGUUUGUGAAAUGUGUGGGGACAGUUUCCUCUCCUCCUCAUCCCUGGCUACUCAUCGAGUGACUCACAUACAAAAGAAAGGCUGCUGUGACACUCUUGGUGUGGGAUGCAGCGAUUUGAGUGUCCUCAGAAACCACCUGAGCAAACACGCUGGAGAGAAACUCUUCACCUGUGAGGUUUGCGGUAAAGGCUGCAGCCACCGCAGCGCCCUGAAGCACCACAUGCUGACCCACACAGGAGAAAGGUCGUUCGUCUGCGAGACCUGCGGCAAACGCUGCAGCCACGCCAGCGCGCUCCAGAACCACAUGAGGAUUCACACCGGGAGGAAACCGGGCCAGCAGCCGGCCUGCGACAUUUGUGGCAAAAAAUUCCGCCGCACGGUCAGCCUCAAAUAUCACAUGAGUGUCCACACGGGGGUGAAGCCCUACACCUGUGAUCAGUGUGAUAAAAAGUUCAGCAACCCAAGUAAUCUGAAGCUGCACAGCAUGAUCCACACGAGGGUGAAGCUGUUCGGCUGCACCAUCUGCGGACGGAGGUUCACUCAGGCCAACGGGCUCAAGCACCACAGACGGAUCCACACAGGAGAGUGGAAGCACACCUGCAAGGUGUGCGGGAAAGGAUUCGUCAACAGUACUCAUUGCAAGAAACAUCAGAUGGGACACCUGCCACUGGAGUCUGGAGGACAGUCUGGGAAAGAUGUAGUGAAAGUCUGA